AAGAAGGGUUUCCCAAAGUGAGCACCGAGCGGGGCGGACAGAAGUAUGAAGAGCGGCAGCGCGGCUGCUGCCCGUCUGCUCAGCUCAGCUCGGGGGGACCGCGGCGGCUGCCGGAGGCUCAGAGCACAGCGGGUACAACAAGUGGAUAAGCAAUGUGCACUGCUCUGAGCCCCAAGGCACGUGGGCCUGGCCUCUCUGAUAUGCAUCAAUACAGUCAGUGGCUUGCAAGUAGACAUGAGGCCAACUUGUUACCAAUGAAAGAAGAUUUGGCCCUGUGGCUCACAAACCUACUGGGUAGAGAAAUCACAGCAGAAACCUUUAUGGAGAAACUGGAUAAUGGUGCCUUGCUUUGUCGGUUAGCUGAGACCCUGCAGGAGAAAUUUAAAGAAAACAGCUUUGAUGCAAACAAGCCUGGCAAAACCUUACCAGUACGGAAGAUUCCAUGCAAAGCCAAUGCUCCUUCAGGAUCUUUUUUUGCACGAGACAACACAGCAAACUUCUUAUCCUGGUGCAGAGAUGUAGGGGUGGAUGAUACCUGCCUGUUUGAGUCAGAGGGUUUGGUUCUCCACAAGCAGCCAAGAGAAGUGUGCCUUUGUUUGCUGGAGCUUGGAAGGAUUGCAGCAAGGUUUGGGGUGGAGCCUCCUGGAUUAAUAAAGCUGGAAAAAGAGAUUGAACAAGAGGAAACACUUUCAGCCCCCCUUCCAUCUCCAUCACCAUCACCAACAAAGUCUCCUGGGAAAAAGAGCACAGGGAAGCUGUUGGAUGAUGCUGUCAAACACAUUUCUGAAGAUCCACCUUGUAAAUGCCCCAAUAAAUUCUGUGUGGAACGUCUUUCCCAAGGAAGAUACAGGGUUGGAGAGAAGAUCCUCUUUAUUAGGAUGCUGCACAACAAGCACGUGAUGGUUCGUGUUGGAGGAGGAUGGGAAACUUUUGCAGGGUACUUACUGAAGCAUGACCCGUGCCGAAUGCUGCAGAUCUCCCGAGUGGAUGGGAAAACUUCUCCAAUCCAGAGCAAGUCUCCAACCCUCAGGGACAUGAAUCCAGACAAUUAUCUGGUGGUUUCUGCCCAUUACAAAACCAAGAAGGAGAUUAAGUGAAAUAAGCUUCUCGUGUGGUUGGGACUGACUCUAUACGUGUAGGUCCAAAGUAUUUUCUCAAGUGUAGUAAAUUUAGGUGAUGCUUUAAAAGGACUUUGGAAAGUUUCAGACAGACUGGAAAUGGCAACCCAUUUUGAAGAUCUAUUUAUUUCUAGUACUGUAUCUUUUAUAGCAAAUUACCCUCGAUAGGCUAAUUACUACAAUCAGAUAAGAAAUAGACAUAUAUUUUUAGCCAAAUUAUUACUCUUUUAUAUGUGAAUGUAUACUUAGAGUUACCUAAAGGAGUGGAUCCUGUUAAUGGAAGAAAAUACACUAUACAUUUGUAUAAAAUCUUAUUACAAUGAAUCCUGGACUGUUAGGAUAGUUGAAAAAUAUAUAUGCAGUGGAAAAUGAAUAUUUGUGGAAAUUAUUUGGUUAUGCCUCUUCAAAGGAAAUAAAAAUUUACUAUUUUUAUGGGUUGCAAGAUUUUCUUAAUCAGUAGAAUAUAAUUGCAUGCCAAACAAGUUCCUCAAGUGAUUUUAUAUAUAAAGAAAAAAGCCCAAAGGGAAAAAAUCCAAGCUCACACCUUCCACUCUUUAAAGCUAAAGACAGUAAGUGUUAGAUCUGUAUGUAGAUCCUUCAUGUUUUGGUUUUUUUUUUUCAAAAUUGCCUGGUACAGGAGGCUGGGGAAGUUGAGGGGUUGCCCCUUCUCCUGGUCACCCAUGGGGUGAUGUGCUGCACCCCCCCCAGGAAAGCAGGAGAUGACCCAGGGAGGAGAUGCUCAGCCCUCUGGAGUCACAGAGCACUGCCCUGGAAUCUGAGCUUUUCCUUCCCCUUCUUUUUUAAUUUUGUUGGUCAUGCCAAAUGUAAAAUAUUCAUUACCCUGCUGGUAGAGUGAUUCACAUUCUUGUAAAUCAUUCACACACCUCUAAAAUAGCUAAAGGCAUAUGGGGGCUUAGUUCAUUAUUUUGGCUACUUUUCUAUGUUUAUAUUUAGUAAUUUAUGUGCCUUGUAACGUCCUAGAAAAAUCAUUUUAUAGGAUUAUUUCACUGACUGUAUAAAUUUGAGCAGAACUCAGUUGUUUCAUUAUAAAUGAAAUAAAGGUUUUUUUAAAAUACUC